UGCGCGCUUCCGGAGCGUCCCCCCGCGCGCCGGCCGCGGUGGUGCGGCCCAAGGCGGAAGCGGCGCCGGCGCGGAGCGCGCGGAGCCCGCGGAGCCGCAGCCAUGGCUGCCGGGGUUCCCUGCGCGCUGGUCACCAGCUGCUCCGCCACCUUCACCGGGGAUCAGCUGGUGCAACAUAUCCUGGGCACAGAAGAUGUUGCUGUGGAAGCAGCUUCCAGCAACGCUGUGCGGUUUUACCCCUGGACCAUCGACAACAAGUACUAUUCGGCAGAGGUGAACCUGUGUGUGGUGCCCAGCAAGCUCCUGGUCACUGCUGAGAUCGCAGAGGCCGUCCAGGCGUUUGUGCUGUAUUUUGACAGCACGCAGAAAUCGGGUCUUGACAGUGUCUCCUCAUGGCUUCCUCUGGUAGAAGCAUGGUUACCUGAGGUGAUGAUCCUAGUCUGCGACAGAGUGUGUGAAGAUGGGAUAAACCGACAAAAGGCUCAAGAGUGGUGCAUCAAACAUGGCUUUGAGCUGGUGGAGCUGAACCCAGAGGAGCUUCCUGAGGAGGAUGAUGACUUCCCUGAAUCUGUGGGCGUAAAAAGGAUUGUACAAGCGCUGAAUGCCAAUGUCUGGUCCAAUGUUGUGAUGAAGAAUGACAGGAGCCAGGGCCUCAGCCUCCUCACCUCGCUGGCGGGAGCAAGCCGCAGCCUCGGAGCAGCAGAGAGCUGUCACUCUGAGCAGCAGGUGCCGUUGGCAGCAGCUGAGAGGCCAGAGUCCCUUCCCAGCCAUCGCAGUGGUGCAUGUGGCUCAGCUGGCGCACAGGUGGACAGCAUUGUGGAUCCUAUGUUAGACCUGGAUAUUCAAGAGCUAGCCAGUCUUACCACCGGAGGGGGAGAUCUGGAGAACUUUGAGAGACUCUUUUCAAAGCUAAAGGAAAUGAAAGACAAGGCCGCGACGCUGCCUCACGAGCAAAGAAAGUUGCAUGCAGAAAAGGUGGCCAAAGCCUUCUGGAUGGCAAUAGGAGGAGACCGAGAUGAGAUUGAAGGCCUUUCUUCUGACGAGGAGCACUAAUUCCCUCCAGGUCUGACUGACACCAGUGCCAGCACUGUGCGCCCAGAGUGCUUUCCUUCUCAACCGGGUCUGUUCUGUCAAGAUUGCCAUCAUAUGCCGGCCACCUGACUGGACUUUGGGGUCCCCUUAACUGAUCUUUUAGAAAGGAGCUAGGGAGAAAUCUUUGCUCCUGUAGCAUAAGUGACUGAGGAGUGAAAUAACAGCAUCGAGACUGUUAUUCAGAUCUCCAUUCUUUGUUUUGAGAGCCAAAGUUGAAUGAGUCUCAGAGUUCCAUGUUACAGGAGAGCACACGGCGGGCCCAGUGCCUCGAGGGCUGAGGCAGCCGGGCUUCAUAAGGAGGCCUGCUUCUCGGCUCCACUGCCAACAGUCACGCUGGCUGCAGGUCGGGAGCUCACGCUGUGCGCUGUGUCCUGUCACUGGUCCCCACCAAGAAUGCAGCUCUGACCUAAUGUGGACGUUGUGGAGAAGAAAGGAGCCAGCUGGAGAUCUGGUGUGUGCCUAGGGAUCGGGGGAGUAGGUGGCUCAUGGGCUUGUCUCUUAGCAGGUCCUUAUGGACAUUUUAAGGUCAGUGUCUGAGUUCCUGCCACAAAGAAGUAAAAGUCAGGUCUGCAUCUCUAAGAAACAGAGGCAGCGCCACCUGGGGUGGUGGCGCAAGCAUUUGGGGAGACAGAGGCAGGCAGUGAGUUUGAGGCCAGCCUGGUCUUCAAAGUGAGUCCAGUAGAAAAACCAAAAAAGAAAGAAAGAGUGGGGGGCAAAAGUUUCCUCCUGUGGGAAGGUAACCCCCUCUCCCCAGCUGCUGGACAAUGAGUUAGGGCCAAAGGAGUAUCUGUGUUGGCUCUGAGCGCACUGUGCUGACACACCGGCCUCCUUGCUCUUUUGACUGAGUGCUCUCCCUGACCACUUGAGGUUUCAGAGCUGGGUUGUCGCACUUUAUGCCCUGAAAUCAAGGCAAGUGUCCCCUUCUUUCUGCUUGGAAGCCAGGGGUCACUGUCAAAGCGCCAGCACCAAGCAGUGGGGACAGGUGAGCUCUCAACCAGCCAGGUCCUGAGCCAUCACUGUACUUAUUCCCAGGGCUCUGCUCUCUGCACCCCUCCAGGGCCCACCCCAAGGAAACACUUUGUCCUUCUUCCUGAGUUUCAUUUGAGUGGGUCUGCUCCAGGGGAGCACAAAGCAAAGUUUUAAAGGAAGAGAGGAAAGUAGAGCAAAAAAAGGUAUAAAGGGCCUUCUUCUGUCUUCAUAGACACUUCUGUGAGGCAGGUCCCGAGCCUCGUUCAUGGUCAUCAGUUUCUGAGCAGGUGCGGCCCAUGAUAGAGGUCCCCAUCAUAGGCUGAGAGCUGGUCUUGACUUAGUGGGAAACAUGGUUUAGGUCAUGACCAGAAACAAGACUCAUCUGCUCUGGGUACCACUUGUAGGACCUAAAACAGAUGCAUGCCCAGGCCAGAACCACCACAGGGAGGAGGCAUCAUCUCGGCGAUGGUAGCAUUCCAGUGAACAGUGGGUAGUGGUUUGCUCUGGGUCCUGCCACUCCUCCCCAAACACACACUGAUCUUACAGUCUUUGAGCGUGGGUUUACCACUACCCCAUUGGGGGACUGAUAAUUUGAGGUGAGUGCAUUGGCUACUGGUUAAGGAAAAUUAGGGAAGUUGGCUCUGAGUUGCCAGGAAGGUAGAACAUGUUUGUUUUUAAUGUAGAAGAUUUUAGAAACUAUAUUAGGCCAUGUGAUUAGGACAAAAUAGACUAGAAAAGGCUGUGGACUUGAUUUUGCUGACUAGACAAAGCCAGGUAAUUAAAAGAUGAUUUAUUUAUAAAGUC